AUUUAUGUCAAAACACAAAACAGUAUGUUUCAAUGCAAAAAAGCAGUGUACAUGCUUGUCUGUACUUUUUAUAUUAUCUUUUCUGGCUGCUUUGGUUUGAUGGACAGACACGGCCCAUUUCCAUGUGUAAUGACAACUGUAACCCAGGUUACAGAAAGACCAAGAAGGAAGGCAAGCCAUUUUGCUGCUAUGAUUGUCACCCAUGCCCAGCAGGGAAGAUUUCAGAUAAAACUGGUAAGAAAUGUCAUUAGUUAGACCUUAACAAAUAUUCUUUGCAGACAUAUUAUUUUCUGUACAUAAAAUGUUACCCCCUGCUCAAAAAAUGUAAGAAGGUGCAAAUAUUGCCUUGAAUAACUGCUAGCUGCUGAAGAUUUCCAUUAGUCCAAAAUUCUCUCUGUCAAUGUUUGCCAGUAUCCAACCAUUCGCAUAACCAUUUAAACUUAUUUUAUAUAUUUUAUUUUAGCCAUUUUACUUAUUAUUUAAAUUUCUAGCAUUCAGUCAUAAUUUUACAGUAAUAUAUGUUUUCUUUUCAUUUUAUGUCCAUAUGAAGACCUACAUUUCACUAGGUUUGAAUGUUUUACCUAUGCUUGGAAGUAGGUUAUUCUCACCUUUUGCCCCUUGUAUUUCUACUUUGUUCUCAUUUGUAGAAGAACAAUGCUGUAAUAUUCAAUUUGCAGCAAAGUGGACAUUGGUCUGCUGUGUAUUGAAAAGAAAUUUCUGUUUCAGAUAUGAAGAAUUGUUUUUACUGUCUGGAAGAUCAUUAUCCAAACCAUGAUCAGGAUUUGUGCAUUCAAAAAAAUAUCAUCUUCUUGUCUUACGAAGAGCCCUUGGGGAUCUGUUUGGCCAUUCUUGCUCUUUUCCUCUCUUUCAUGGCCGUUUUCAUGCUUGGGAUCUUCAUCAAACACCAGGACACUCCCAUAGUCAAAGCCAACAAUCGGACUUUGACCUAUAUUCUUCUCACUUCUUUGCUGCUCUCUUUUCUGUGUGUUUUCUUAUUCCUUGGUCAACCUAAUAGAAUAAUAUGUCUCCUCCGUCAAACCACCUUCGGGGUCAUCUUUUCCCUGGCUCUCUCUUCUGUUUUGGCCAAAACAAUUUUAGUGAUUUUAGCUUUUAUGUCCACCAUGCCAAGGUCUUGGAUGAGGAAGUGGAUGGGAAAACACUUGGCUGUCUCCAUUGUCCUUUGCUGCUCCUUUAUCCAAGCCACUAUCUGUAUCAUUUGGUUGACAACUUUCCCCCCAUUUCCUGAUUUUGACAUGCAGUCAAUGGCUGAAGAAAUUGUACUUGUAUGUAAUGAAGGCUCGCCAGCUAUGUUUUACUCUGUCCUGAGCUUUUUGGGAUUCCUAGCCACUGUCAGCUUCAUUGUGGCUUUCCUUGCCAGAAAGUUACCUGAAAAUUUCAAUGAAGCCAAGUUCAUUACCUUCAGCAUGUUAAUUUUCUGCACUGUUUGGCUGUCAUUUGUUCCAACAUAUUUGAGUACCAAGGGGAAAUAUAUGGUGGUUGUCGAGAUCUUUUCUAUUUUAGGGUCCGGGGCUGGAUUACUUGGCUGCAUCUUUUCCCCCAAAUGCUAUGUCAUUUUACUGAAGCCAGAGCUGAACCAUAAGAAGCAAUUCAUAAGAAAGAAGAAUCUUAAAGUUUUAUGCCUUUCGGUCCAUGUAAAUAAGUAAUAGCUUUCAAUUUGUGAUUUUUGAUAGACCACAUAAAUAUUUCUUGUUUCUCAUAUGAGUGCAUGUGUAGAAGAUACAAAGAAUAGAUCCCAGAAAUGACCUAAAUCCAAAGAUCAAAUUUACAUUCAUUUCACUGACACCUUAAAAUCCAUAUAAAAUCUAUAUAUAUAAAAGGGUAAUGAAAUUUCGGCCUAGGACAAAACAACAAAACUACACAUCCAAGAAACACUAAACUUGCCAGCACAACCCCUCAUCUAUGCCUCUACAUUCAUACAACAAAAAGAAAAGAAAAAUAAAGUCCUAAUUAGAGGGAGAGGAAUAAUUGUUUUUAUCCAAUUGCUGCCAGUUAGAAGGCUAAUCUCCACCCACUUGGUCCCCUAGCAACCCACUCAGCCCAGGGGACAGGCCAAGUUAGGCCUCACUUAGACCUCUUCCCCACUGCCUAUAAAAUACAGAUUAUCUGAUUUUAACUGGAUUAUAUGGCAGUGUAGACUCAAGGCCCUUCCACACAGCUAUAUAACCCAUUUAUAAUGGACUUAAUGUCAGGGAAAAACCUUUACCCUUUACCUUAACUACCACCAAUUCCGCAAUACUUUAUUUCCCAUACCACCUUACUUUGCCACAGCAACGCGUGGCCGGGCACAGCUAGUACUGUAUAUAUCUAGCACACAUAUUUUACUUCCAUCCUUGGGAUUUAUUUCUUUAUGUAGUUUGACAUUUAUUUGAAUAUGAAUAACCAUUAUGUUCCUUAAAUUUGGAAUUGGUAUGUUAUUUCUUUUUAUUUAUAUGUAUACCUCAAAU